CACACACAGACACACACACACACACGGACACACACGUGGUGUCCAGCAGCAGGUGGCGGUCCUCUUCCUGGUCGGGAACAGGAGUGAUUCUCUUGUUGUUUUAGGUCAUGUGACUUUGGGUCAGCGCUCUCUCCCCAGAGGACGACGGUUUGAUGCCCAGAGACGUCAUCUGAUCUCUUCUAGCCACUGAAAGAUGUCGCGGCGUUCUCCGUUCGGCGGCUCAAAGUUCCGCCACGUGUUCGGGAAGCCGUCCUCCAGGGAGCGCGGCUACGGCGGCGUGCCGAUCGCCCGCAGCGUCCACGACACCCACGGCUGCUCGGCCAAUCCCCGCUUCCUCGCCGUGGUGACGGAGUGCGCCGGGGGCGGGUCCUUUCUGGUCCUGCCCAUACGUCAUACGGGGCGGGUGGACCCUCAGCACCCGAGGGUGUGCGGCCACAGUGGGCGGGUCCUGGACGUCAAGUGGAACCCGUUUGACGACCACUGCGUCGCCUCGUGCUCAGAGGACUGCACCGUGAAGAUCUGGGACAUCCCGGUCUGUGGAGUCCAGCAGAACCUCACCAAGGCCAGGACCACUCUGAUUGGUCACUCCAGGAGGGUGGCACUUAUUGAGUGGCAUCCGACAGCUGAGAACCUGCUGCUAAGCUCCGCCUACGACUACAAGGUCCUCCUGUGGGAUGUGUCUCAGGGCGGUGCCGUGCUCAGGUACCCGGUCCGGGUGGUUCUGAUGCCCGUCCACCACCGCUGCCCGUCUGAUGCGCUGCUGCUGUCCGUCAGCUUCAACAGCGACGGCAGCCGGCUGGCGGUCACGUCCAAAGACAGACGGGUUCGAGUCCUGGACCCCCGGACAGGAAGGAUCCUGCAGGCGUCCAGCAGCAAGAGCCACAGAGCCAGCAAAGUGUUAUUCAUUGGAGGGUUGAAGAUGCUUCUGUCCACCGGCAGCUCGCCAUGGAACCACAGACAGAUCGUCCUCUGGGACCCCGACGACUUAUCUGAGCCCCUGUUUGAAGAGGAGUUGGACGGAUGUGCAGGAGUCCUCUUCCCGUUCUACGACCCCGACACACACAUGCUCUACUUGGCAGGAAAGGGUGACGGGAACAUCCGGUACUACGAGCUGAGCAGAGAGAAACCGUACAUCAGCUUCCUGUCGGAGGUCAGGUCUCUGCUGCCACAGAAAGGACUCGGGGUGAUGCCAAAGCGCGGCCUGGACGUGAGCAGCUGUGAGGUUUUCAGGUUUUACCGCCUGAUCGCCAUCAAAGACCUGGUGGAACCGUUGUCAAUGAUCGUACCACGCAAAGAGUCAGAUGCUUUCCAAGAGGAUCUGUUCCCAAUGACAGCUGGAAACCAGGCGGCCAUGACGGCUCAGGAGUGGCUGUUGGGGAUCAACAGAAGCCCAGUCCUGAUGUCCUUGAGGCCUGGGACUCGAGUCAUCAACCCGUACCCAGAAACCCCUGCGGAGAAAGGGCUGGUGAGGCAGCUGAGUGGCUUGAGGUUCCAGAUGGAUCCGGCUGCUGUUGCAGUGACCGGGCCCGCACUGGACUUUAUGGAAGAGGACACAUCGACAGGGACCGGAGGAGACGAGGAUCGAACUGCAGAUCCUCCGAAAGACGACCAGCUCGACAAGACCCCGAGAGACUUCAACUUCCAACCCGGGGGGGCACACACAAACAUUUUACAGCAGACAACCACGGCCUUCCUUGAGGAGCAGUUGGCCUACCAGGAUGCCAAAUACCCCCGAGACAUGAGCGACCUGUGUGGGUGGCAGCCCGAUGAGACGCACUGCUGCACGCCACACUGCUCUCCUGCAGGCGUAUUACAGACAGCAAGACAAAAUCAGAGGCCUGAGAGAACAACUCAAUGCCAAAGAUGUGAGGAUCACGCAGCUGGAGCUGGAUAUCCAAAACACCAGAAACAACAUGAGGGCAACCUUCUGAUUCCACCAAUCGGCUCUCACAAUGCCGUUUUAAAGCUGGACUAAUCAAACUACUCAUUUCCAACCUAUGAAGGAAACUCAGCUGACUUCCUAAACAAUGUCACGUGUCUGCCCUUUCAGCUGUUUUGUGCUUCAUUUCAUUAAACUAGUGGAUAGCCAUUAGCUCAGCUACAUUCUCGACGACCAACAAAUUGGUAAUUCAUUAAUAAUCCUAAUAAAGUUGUCAUUAAUGAU